GACCGCCACGGCCUUGGCUCGCCACCAUGCCCCGGUCCGCUUUUGCGGCUCCUAGCCUCAUAUGCUACGAGUAAGGUACCUACAGCUUCAAGACAUUCAAAUAUGCAUACUCCAGGAAGCGCAUUUCGAAGGAAACGGUCUGGAACGUCGGAUACAAAUACACAGGAGUCGACAAACGGGGCGUGUCUAUUAAAAGAAUCCCGUUCGCCAGAUCCAAAUUUCGACAGACUUGCCACGCGCCCCUUCAUGAUGCAGGGCGUCACGCAUGAAUCGUCGACUACCUCAGACAAUAUCCGGGCGUCUCCUUACGUUCAAAAAGGUCCAUCACUGCGGGAUGGCCUUGCAAGCACGAGCACGCACGCAGCUCUGCCGCAAAGUCUCUCUACUCCUGCAGGGAUUCAGAUGACACCUCUUCCGCAUAAAAGCUCCGAUCGACCCAAACUAGCAUGACAAGUGACAAGUCAUUCAGAGGAGCAUAUGAGAGCCGUUAUCGAUGGUCUCGAUAGACCUCACCGCAAAUCACACCUUCAAUCAUAGCCAACCAUUCUCGUCACUCUACCACAUGGUCAAGCUGGCAUCUCUUUGUGCUAGCACUUCGAUUAUGAGACGCGUCGCUAUCUCAAUAUCAAUUGGAUUUUAAACCGCCAACUAUGUGAAAGCCUCGAACGACCGGUGAUGAGCC